AUGAGAACGACUGCUAGAUCGAGUUCGGUCGAAAGUGGAUUGUCCGUGUCAAGUACACAGGUAUCGCCUUCUUCGACCCCGAAAAGAGUUAUUCGGCAUUCGUGGCUGCUACCAUCUCCGACAAUUUCAACAACAUCAGCGUCUAGGCGAAUAUGUCGAAUAUGUCAGAUGGAUUCUGGAGACAUGGUGAGACCCUGCGAUUGUGCCGGAACGAUGGGCGAUGUUCAUCAAGAAUGCCUAUCGAAAUGGGUGAAUAUGUCACAUAAGAAGGCGUGUGAAAUUUGUAAAUCAGAGUACGCGAAAGGCGGUGCUCAUUUUAAGCCGUUGCGGAAUUGGGAGAAGCCCAAAAUUGAAUUUUCGAGUUUUGUUGGAGUUUUCAUACUUUUAUCAGUGACUCUUCUCGCAUACUACAUUAUCGAUAUAAUGAACGAAAGAUACUUCGUUGAAAGGAUAUUCGUCAAGAAAAUGUAUUGCCGACCAGACGAUUCGGGAAGAAUAUUUGUUUUAUUCGUGCUAGCAUUGGCUGCUUUGAAUAAUAUCUACACAAUAAUCAAGGAAAUGUGCAAUUAUUUGAGAAAUCAACGACAAAUUCUAUUUGUAAGCAAGCAUAAAUAA